AUGGAAAGUACUAUUUUAGACGAUCUCACACAAUACUGGAAUAAGAAGGUCAAUUCUGAAGAAGAAAACUUGAAGAAUGAGCAUGUUAAUCAUUCAGAUAACUUGCAGGAGAAAUUCAAGUUUGAUAAGAAAGAGAUUAGCAAAGUGCAUAAGAAUAUCGCAAAGCAUCAUAUAGAUGCUUUUGAUUUUGCAUUGGGGACCUGUCUUGAGCGUGCCUGAAAAUAUAUGCUUCCAUUUGAGUACAUUGUGCCUCAAGAGUAUGAGAAGGUUGGGUUUAAGAAACUAACACUCUGGUAUGAGUCUUUCACUAUUGGAAAGCCAACUCAUUCAGAUAUUCAGAUGGAAAACCCUGAGAUCUACCCAUCUGAGUGCAGGCAGAGAGGGAUUACCUAUGCAGCUCCUCUUUUCGCAAAUAUUUCAAGAAAAUUCGAUGAUGAAAUGAACGAUAGAAUUAAGAUUAAGCUUGGAGAAAUCCCUGUCAUGAUUGGAAGUAAAUUCUGCAACCUUCAUGGAUUCAACGAAAAACAACUAGUUCAGAAAGGUGAAGAUAUGGCAGAGUUUGGAGGACAGUUCUUGAUCAAUGGAAACGAAAAAGUAAUUAGAAUGCUUAUUGUUCCCAAAAGAAACUAUCCUGUUGUUUUCACAAGGUCAAAGUUUGUGACUAGGGGAAAAGAUUUUACCUCAUAUGCUUGCCAAAUGAGAUGUGUCAGAGAUGAUCUUACUGCCCAGACUAUUACCCUGCAUUAUCUCUCUGAUGGUUCAAUCUCACUCAGGUUCCUAUAUCAGAAACAAGAAUUCCUAGUUCCUAUCAUUAUUUUACUAAAGGGGCUAAAGAACUGUACAGAUAGAGAAAUCUAUGAGCAAAUUGUUAAAGGAAAUUUCAAACAGAAGCAAAUCAGCGACAGAGUAGAAGCCAUCCUUGCACAAGGAAAGAACCUCAACCUCUAUGAUUCAAACCAAAGCAAGGCUUUAAUUGGAUCACGCUUCAGAGUCGUUCUCGCUGGUGUUAAUGAAGAAAUGAGUGACAUUGAAGUUGGAGAUUUAUUCUUAACUAAAUAUAUCUGCAUUCACACAAGCAGUUACGAAUCAAAAUUUAACACCCUCCUAUUGAUGAUCAAUAAGCUUUACUCUGCUGUUUCCGAUGAAACUGAGUUAGAUAAUCUUGAUUCUGUAGCUCAUCAUGACACUUUACUUGGAGGGCAUAUCUAUCAGCAAAUUCUUGCUGAGAAUCUAUUUGAUGCUCUUCAUAUCAACUUAAGAGCAAGAAUCAAUAAAGAAAUUAAGAAGGACACUUUUGAUGCCCAGAAAUUCAGAGAUAUCAACACAACAACUAGACUAAUUGAAGCUUCAGGAGCAAUUGGAAAGAGAAUGGAGAACUUCCUCGCAACAGGAAACCUGAUCUCUAGGACAAACUUAGAUCUGAUGCAGACAAGUGGAUUCUGUAUUAUUGCUGACAAGCUCAAUAACAUCAGAUAUCUUUCCCACUUCAGAUCAAUUCAUAGAGGACAAUACUUUGCUGAGCAGAAAACAACAAGUGUGAGAAAGCUUUUACCAGAAUCAUGGGGGUAUCUCUGCCCAGUGCAUACUCCAGAUGGAGCUCCUUGUGGUCUUCUAAAUCAUAUAUCAAUGUCCUGAGUUCCACUUGGAUCUGAAGAAACAGAAAUAGAUAUGAAUAAUCUAAAGAGUGUUCUUAGUGAGUUAGGAAUGCUCUCAAUUACAAGUGAUCUUUGCUUGAAUUAUAAAUCAACAUAUUACCCAGUCAUGUUUGAUGGAAUUGUUCUGGGAUAUGUCUCUAAAGAAACAGGAGAAUCCUUUGUAAGAUCAUUAAGAUUCUUGAAAUGUACUCAAAGCAAGCCUGAAUAUAACAUCCCAAGAACUCUUGAAAUAGCUUUCCUUUCCUUCUCAGGAUAUGAGAGGAACCUCCAAUGGCCAGGAAUCUUUCUUCAUACCACACCUGCAAGGUUUACUAGACCAGUGAAGAAUAUUGAAUUCAAUUGUAUUGAAUGGAUUAGUCCGUUAGAACAAAUGAAUCUCAAUAUUGCGUGCCUAGAAGACGAUAUUGUCCCAGAGACUACCCACCAAGAGCUUGACCCUAUCAACAUUCUAUCCAUAAUUGCGUCUGUAGGAGUUUUUGCUGAGUAUAAUCAAUCUCCAAGAAACAUGUACCAAUGCCAGAUGGCAAAGCAAACUAUGGGAACUCCAUAUCACAAUCAUCAGUAUCGUACUGAUAACAAGGUUUACAAGAUCCUGUUUCCCCAGAGACCUAUUGUUAAGACAAGGACUCAGACUGAUUUUGACAUUGAGGAAUAUCCAAGCGGGACUAACGCAGUUGUAGCUGUCCUUUCUUACACAGGGUACGAUAUUGAAGAUGCCAUGAUCAUCAACAAAUCCUCCUAUGAAAGAGGAUUUGGGCAUGGAAGCGUUUACAAAAGUUAUUCACACCAGAUAAAUGAGAGCAUGAAUCAGUCUACUGGAGGGGUUAAGUCAGGCCCUAAGUAUAAGUUGCUCAGAAACUCCAAAGCCAGCAAGAAAGCUCAGAGAGACCUUGAAACAGUUGAUAAGGACGGACUCCCGAAGAUUGGAAGACUCAUGUCCAAGGGAGACCCUGAAAGAGUCGUGUUUGAUACUCUUAAGAGAAAAACUAAGACUGCUAAAUAUAAAGAUACUGAAAAAGCCAGAAUUGAGACUGUUAGAUUAUGUGGAAAUGAUAACUCUAAUCCAGAUAAUAUUACUGUUAAUACCACUAUCAGAUACUCCAGAAAUCCAGUUAUUGGGGAUAAAUUUAGCUCAAGACAUGGUCAGAAAGGAGUUCUUUCUGUCCUUUGGCCACAAAUUGACAUGCCAUUUACUGAGAGUGGAAUAACCCCAGAUUUGAUCAUCAACCCUCAUGCUUUCCCUUCAAGAAUGACUAUGGGAAUGCUCAUUGAGAGUAUGGCUGCUAAAAGCGGAUCUCUCAGAGGUGAAUUCAAGACAGUUGAAACUUUCCAAAAGUAUGAAGGAGACGACAUCGUUGAUCAUUUUGGAAAAGAAUUGCUCAAGAAUGGCUACAAUUACUAUGGAAAUGAGGUGAUGUAUAGCGGAAUCUAUGGAACACCCCUCAAAGUCGAUAUUUUCAUUGGAGUUGUUUACUAUCAGAGAUUAAGACACAUGGUCAGUGACAAGAGUCAAGCAAGAUCUACAGGAGCAAAUGAUGUUCUCACUCAUCAGCCAGUUAAAGGAAGAAAGAAGGGAGGAGGAAUCAGAUUCGGAGAAAUGGAGCGUGACUCCAUGCUAGCACAUGGAGCUUCCUACUGUCUUAAUGAUAGACUCUUCAGAAGUUCGGAUUAUAGCGAAGGAUUUGUAUGCCAGAAAUGUGGAAGCGUCCUUUCUUGAUAUGUAAACAGAGCUAUUAUGAAGAAUAAAUCCUUUAUGCCUUUAGGACUUGACGAGAAUGAGGGUGAAGGAGUCCAAGAUGAUGAAGAUGACAUCCAUAUGAACGAGAAAGCUAUUUGCAAGGUUUGUAACAAAGAAGGAAAUUGAAAGAAAGUAGCAAUGCCAUUUGUUUUGAGAUAUAUGACAAACGAAUUAGCCUCAAUGGGAAUCAAACUUCAGUAUUCAGUCCGUGAUUUUUAAGAUAAACUAUAAUUUCAAUAUAAAAACA